UGGUUAGUUCUCAGACUCCUGAGGACCCACCCCCAUGAGGACCUUGCCUCCCCAGGACCUCAACUUCCUGAGGGCACCCUGUGAGCUCUGCUCCAAGUCCUGACUCUGCUUGGCUAAGUUCCUUCUCUGUCCAUAGGUUUGUUUUGCACAUUCUUCCUAAGUGUUUCUCCUCUGAGAUGGAAGCAGCUCUUAGGGCCUACCACAGAGAAUGUUAAGACAUAUUCUUUGAAUGAGUGAAGAUUCUUCUGCCUGACUGCUGCCUCCUUCAUAUUUUGCCUCACUUUCUCGCUGGAGAUUCUGGAAGUCUCUGUGUUACAUCUUAUGGAGGACAUUGGUGCGGACUUUGAAGAUGAACAGGUCCAGUUUGAUAAGGUGGUCCCCAACACCAGGGAAGAUUUGAGGGGCUUCUACUGCAGGCUGAAGGAGCUUAAUAUUUUUACAGCUGCUGAAGGCAUUAUGAAAGGAUACCAGAAGAAAUAUGAAGCAGACGCUUUGAAGCCUGAACAAUAGACCUCGGCAGCCCCAACCCAACUUGGCUUAAUUCCGUCUCAAUGAACCAGAGCCAAUACUCUUGGCUCCCUGGCCUUGCUACAACUCUCUGAUCCUUAGAAUAUUCUUCAAUUCCAGCUAGAAUGCUGUGUCAGGCUCUUCAGAAUUUUUUUCAAAAGCUGGUGCAGAGACCUGAGGUGAAGAAACUGGGCGAUAAAGAUGAGCAAGUCAGAAGCUUGAACACUCUGGAUUUAGUGGCCGUGGGUUUGGACUACACAGUGGAUAUAAGUGUGUAUUUCCUGGCUAGUGAGGUGGCUAGAGAUCAAGCAGGACCAUCCAUCAUGAUCAGCUUUUUGGUAGCCGGCCUAGCUUCACUGCUGGCUGGGCUGUGCUAUGCAGAGUUUGGUGCUCGGGUUCCCCACUCUGGCUCUUCAUAUCUCUAUACCUAUGUCACUGUAGGUGAACUUGGGGCUUUUGUCACUGGCUGGAACCUCAUCCUCUCCUUUUUUGCCUAUACAGCUAUUGUGAUCCGUGUCUGGACCUUAGCUUUAAACAACCUUUUCAGGAUCCAGAACUCUCAGACUCUGGAUGGGAGCAUCGUAUCACAUGUUUCUCGUUUCUUUGCAGAAAAUCUAGGUCUCUUCUUUGUGGGCCUUCUGUUGUUGCUCGUGGAAUUGCUAACCCAGAACGUUAGUCAGCUUUCCCUAGUUGCCAAAGUGUUCACAUCAUUGAACCUUUUGGUUGUCAGUUUUGUCACCAUCUCUGGCUUCAUGAAGGGGGACCUGCACAACUGGAAGCUCACAGAAGAGGACUACAUAAAGGCUGGACUCAAUGACACCUUUAGCUUGGGCCUUCUGGGCUCUGGAGGAUUCGUGCCUUUUGGCUUCCAGGGGAUUCUCCGUGGAGCUGCUACUUGUUUCUAUGCAUUUAUAGGUUUUGAAUAUAUUGUUGCCCAAGUACAAAAAGCUAAGAAUCCUGAGCAUUCCAUCCCCAUGAGCAUUAUGAUCUCAUUGUUGAUCUGUUUUUUAAUGCAUUGUGGCGUCUCUGUAGCACUUACGCUUAUGGUGCCUUACUACCAGCUCCAACCUGGAAGCACCUUGCCUGAGGCAUUUCUCCAUAUUGGCUGGGUCCCUGCCUACUAUGCUGUAACUUUUGGAUUUUUCUUUAGUCUUUCUGACAGCUUCUUGAGCUAUAUGUUCCCCAUAGGUGAGGUGAUACACAUGAUGGCAAAGGAUGGCCUCCUGUACCCUGUCCUUGCCAGGAUCCAAACUGGCAAAUACACACGCAUUGUGGCCACUGUGAUCAUUGGCAUUACUGCAGCAGUCAUGGCAUUUUUUCUUGGACUCACAGAUCUUUUGGACCUCAUGUCAGUUUUGGCCCUGCUAGAUUACUCCCUGGUAGCUUUUUGUGUUCUCAUUGUCAGGUAUCAGCCUGAGAGGAAGAAUGGGGAAAAUGAAGCACAGGUGCAAGAGGAGAAUGAGGGAAACGAAGUAACUUGUGGUCUCAUCCCCAGGUGUCAGCCUGAGAGGAGAAAUAAGGGAAAUGAAGGAGAGAUGCAGGAGGAGAAUGAAGGAAAUAAAGUGCAGGUGCAGGAGGAGAAUGAGGGAAAUGAAGUGCAAGUGCAGGAGGAAAAUGAGAGAAAUGAAGCACAGGUUCAACAGGAGAAAGGAUCUGCAGCAGAGAAGCUAACUCCACAGGGACUAUUUUUUCCAGGCAGCCCCACCCCCACCCCACUCUCUGGCCGGGUUGUCUCUGUUUGCUCCUCACUGCUUGCUCUGCUGCUGACUCUUCUCUGCCUGGUGCUGACCCAGUGGUCAGAUCUGCUUUCUGGAGACCCAGGGUGGAUCACAGUGGUUGUGCUGCUCCUGGUGCUCAUCACUGGGAUCACUGGGAUCAUCUGGAGACAGCCACAGAGCACUACUCCUCUUCACUUUCAGGUACCUGGUCUGCCUCUCCUCCCACUCCUGAGCAUCUUUUUGAAUGUUUGCCUUAUGAUGCAGAUGACCGCUGGCCCCUGGGCUCUAUCUGGUGUCUGGAUGCUGAUUGGGUUUGUUAUCUACUUCAGCUAUGGGAUCCAGAAGAGCUUUAAGAAUACAAACAGUAGGGACAGCCCCAGUGGUGCAGCGGUUUAGCACCUCCUGCAGCCGGGGGUGUGAUCCUGGAGACCUAGGAUUGAGUCCCCUGUCGGCUCCCUGCAUGGAGCCUGUUUCUCCCUCUGCCUGUGUCUCUGCCUCUCUCUCUCUCUCUGUGUCUCUAUGAAUAAAUAAAUAAAAAUUUUAAAAAAUCAUAAAAAAAGAAUACAAACAUUAGACCUUGAACUCGGCAGUGCCAAUACAUAUUUGGCUUGACAUCAUCGCACCUGAAAGCAGUAUGGUUCCCUACACAGUAAUGGAAAGCACACCUGAACGUAUGGAAAUCUAGAGUUCCUAUCAGAUAUUUGUGGGGAACACUAAUAGAGCUCUAUAUUUAUGAUAGAAGGAAGGAUGUGUCUUUGCUCUUUCUCUCUCUUUUUUUUACUUUCUACUUUUCAAUUUUGUCUAUAGCUGCUUAUUGGCUUUUACAAAGUUAAUGUUAAAUGAAAUUUGAAAAAGUGUUUUCUUUGAGAAACACUACCUAUCUUACUAAAGCUGUUCUGAAAGCUAGAAAGGGAUGGAAUACUUCAAAACUCGUUCUAUGAGGUCAGCAUCACCUGAAUUCCAAAACCAGACAAAGACCCCACCAAAAAAGAGAAUUAUAGGCCAUAUCCCGGAGGAACACAGUUGCAAAAAUUCUCAACAAGAUACUAGCCAAUGGGAUCCAACAAUACUUAAGAAGAUUAUUCACCAUGACCAAGUGGGAUUUAUCCCCAGGAUGCAAGGCUGGUUCAACAC